ACAACUGCAACCUGCGACGGGACACGGCCUGCCACACACGCAACAACCCACUCCCCUGCUACUCACUCUCUUUUAUGCACCCUACCACGGAUAGAACCGCCAACGUUGUUUGCUCCAUCUACCUCGACUCUCUAAACGUCGAUCUGUUGGUCUUAGUUGGUUUCCACUACUACUGCUACAUUACUGCUGCUACCGACGGCCGGCUGGAACCGAUACAAGCGAGCAUCAUAGAGCAUGGGAAUCAUGGAUGACUUCAGCUCGGGACACCAGCGGCUCAAGGAGCGAAUCCACAACUUCCGGAUGCCCCUGUCACGGCCCGGCCGCAUCGCCAUGAACAUCGUGUACUUCUCGAUCCCGGUGAUAGGGGGGCACUACCUCAUGCAGUGGGCGCAGGAACGAGCGCAGGUGAACCUGACGGAAGCGGGCGUGCUGCCGGAGCCGGGAGAGACACCAACGAGGUCAAAGACCCAUGAACAAAACGCCGCCAUCAAGAAACAACUAGAGGAAAUUAGAUCGAAGAGAUGACGACUCGCAGCCGUUACGAAAGGGGUGGAAGGCGUGACGGCGGGACGGGCUGGCUGGCUGCUCCCGCUUGGCGGUGGUGUGGGCGGGUACGUGCAGUGAUGGUGUCUGGUGGGCGGGCAACUUGAUGUUGACACUUGCCAAAGAGUUGACGACGCAUUCGAUCCGAAGAGAAAGGUGGUUUAUGUACCCCGUAGAAAACCAAAGCCUUCCACGUGGGGGGGCGUACCGUAUGGUGAGAUGUGUCGAUGUGUACCUUGGUUUGGUUUGGCGGCAGAAAAAGGGUGGUGUAUACGUUGGAAUGAGGUUGUGUUUUGAAAAGCAACAGCUACUCCGCGCGACCGACAGUAACACCAAUGAUCCUUCCCACCAAGAGAUAUUGGGAUACGGCGUCGUCGCGCCCUUGGCCACUCAACUUUAUGUAGUCGGUUAGCCUAGCUAAUUGUGAGUACACAAGGUUUGCCUCUUGUCUUCGAUCUGAUCUGCUACUGUUUUGGCCGUCACACAAGUAUCCAUCCGCUUUCGUCGCCCGAUCAAGAAUUUUCAUCCAACCAGCGAGGUGUUUGACGGCCGUUGACUGUCAUUGUGUAGACUUGGCACGUUCAACAGAAGUGGUAGUGGCUUAAGCGGACAAAACAACUAUUUCGUUCAAAUCACUACCAUGGGAUGGGGGCGGUGUUCAGAGAGGGCGAACGGUUUGAUCCCUCGAGGUUGAUUUU